AUGCGGGUUGCUCAACGUUUGCUCAUGGCCACGCCGGCCUCCAUCGGCUCCAAGUCAAGUCUCAGUGAGGCCCUCGCCCUCCUCCCGCCUCUGCAGCUGUACCGGCGCAUUCUACGCGUCCACCGCAAACUCGAACCGGAAAUGCGCGUAUUGGGCGACUCGUACGUCAAGAACGAAUUCCGCGCUCACCGGAGCGUGGAGAACCCGUUGCAUAUUAUCGGGUUCCUGACCGAGUGGCAACUCUAUGCGCAGAAGUUGGAGGGCUCGCAGUGGAAGGGAGAGAAGCUGGAUAAGUCGAAGUUGGAUAAAAUGAGUGAUCAACAACUUGGACAACUGCUUGAGCUCAUGCAGGCUCUCAAGAAUGACGGAGAGAACCAAUGA